AUGGAUAAAGUAAAGAAAAUUAAAUGUUCAACGUCAAACGUUAAAUCAUUCAUUUCAAAAAAGAAUGAAAUAUCAUCAAAGAAAGAAUCGUUAUCAUCAAAAUCCCCCAGUUCAUCAUCAACGCUGGCUACAACAACAACAACAACAACAGCGACAGCGUCAUCAAGUUCAUCAAGCCGUUUACGUACUGCAUUUACAUCAACACAGAUAAUACAUUUGGAACAUGAAUUUGCCAAAAGUAUGUAUCUAUCCCGUUUAAGACGUAUCGAAAUUGCACAUUAUUUAAGCCUUACAGAAAAACAGGUAAAAAUUUGGUUUCAAAAUCGUCGUGUAAAACAUAAAAAAGAACAACAUCCAAAUUAUCAUCAUUUAUCACCAAUAUCAACAACAACAACAACAACGGUAAACAACAACAAUAAUCAUCAUCAUGGUCAUCGAAAAAGUCCAAGUCCAACAUUAUCCAUAACAACAACAACAAAUCGUCAAUGUAAAUGUGAAUGUGAACAUCAUCAAUGUUCACAACAACGAUCACCAACAUCGACAUCAUCGAUCAAUGUGAAUAAUUUGGAAACGAUCAAUGAUGAUGAUGAUGAUGUGGAUGGUGAUUAUAACCAAAUGGAUGAUGAUUAUGAU